ACUCAUCUCUCUAUUCUCUCUCAUCAACUCCCAACCAUGCAACAAUCCCUUUCCCUUUGAGAUAAAAACACUAAAAUGGCAACCCACAACGACCUCCUCCCCACCACCUCCACCUCCACCUCCACCGCGGCCGGGCCAAGGCGGCGCUGGCGUAAAUUCCCGUGGCGCGGGGCCCGGCCCCUCCCCCUCCUCGGGUGCAUCGCCCUCGGCCUCCUCCUGCGCUUCGCGGUCCCGAAGCCGGACGCCGUGGGCCACAAGGGGUGGUCCCUCCUCUCCAUCUUCAUCGCCACCAUCGCCGGCCUCAUCCUCAGCCCCCUCCCCGUCGGCGCGUGGUCCUUCAUCUGCCUCACAUUCGCCGUCGCCUCAAAGACCCUCGCCUUCACCGCCGCCUUUGCCGCCUACACCAACGAGGUCACGUGGCUCAUCAUCACCGCCUUCUUCCUCUCCAAGGGCUUCGUCAAGACCGGCCUCGGCGACCGGAUCGCCAUGUUUUUCGUCCGCUGGCUCGGCAAGGGGACGCUCGGCCUCUCCUACGGCCUGGUUCUCGGCGAGCUUGCUAUCUCGCCGGGAAUGCCCAGCUCCACCGCCCGGGCCGGGGGGAUUUUUUUGCCCAUCAUCAAAUCGCUCGCGGCCGGGGCCGAGAGUAAGCCCAAUGACCCAACAUCCAGGAGGCUCGGGGCCUUUCUUGUUCAGUCGCAGAAUCAAAGCAACAACUGUACAAGUGCAUUUUUCCUAACCGCCGCAGCUCAGAACCUGCUGUGUGUGAAGCUAGCCGAAAGCCUCGGUGUCAAGAUCACAGAUCGAUGGGUAACAUGGUUGAAGAUAGCGUGCAUGCCCGCGUUAGUGUCCCUUUUGGUGACUCCCGCAAUCUUGUACAAGAUUUAUCCACCGGAGAUCAAGAGCACCCCCGACGCCCCUGCAAUGGCACGCCAAAAGCUCGAACAGAUGGGGCCCAUCAAGAGAGAUGAAUGGAUCAUGAUAGCAACAUUGGUGCUCACCGUUUCACUAUGGAUCGCCGGAGAAGCUCUGAGAAUGUCUAGUGUGGUUGCGGCUAUGAUAGGCUUAUCAGUGCUGCUGCUAACCGGUGUGCUUGAAUGGGAAGAUUGCCUGAAUGAGACACAAGCUUGGGACACAUUGGUUUGGUUUGGAGCUCUAGUUGGGAUGGCGACGCAGAUGACUGUUCUUGGUGUCAUACCGUGGCUGUCAGAUUGCGUCGCCACCUUUCUUAAAUCGCUCUCGCUCAGCUGGUUCGGAUCAUUUAGCCUCCUCCAAAUAACCUACUUCUUCAUCCACUACUUGUUUGCUAGCCAAACCGCGCAUGUUGGGGCACUCUAUUCCGCCUUUCUUGGCAUGCAGUUGGCCGCCAAAGUCCCGAGCUUACUCGCUGCGUUGUCCUUGGCCUAUAAUACUAAUCUUUUUGGUGCAAUCACACAUUAUAGCAGUGGCCAAGCUGCAGUCUACUAUGGCGCUGGCUUUGUAGAUCUGCGUCAUGUUUUUAUUUUGGGUAUAACAAUGGCUCUAAUUCAGCUUGUGAUAUGGGCGUUAGUUGGAGCUGCCUGGUGGAAAAUUAUUGGGCUUUAUUGAGCAGGGGAGCUACCGGGGUGUGCUAGAAGUCGAUUUUCGGUACCUCGCGCUUAUCUACACUGUAGUAUAGGUUUAUACGGGAGCCCGACGCACCUACACAUUUAUAGGUAUUUAUACAGGUAGUUGUGUAUAUUUGAGUUGAGCAUAGGUUGCAGAUGUGAAUGUCUCAAGUUGCUCACAUAAAACAUUUCAGAAUAACAUCCAAGUUACUGUAAAAGUGCUCAAUAUAUUUUGCAAAUAUUGCCAAAAAUAGUUGUGUUUUACAUCAACAAUUCAUCCUA